GGACGAGGAAGGCUCAACUCGAAGCAGGCAUGGAGCGCAGCCGAGAACAAGCCCGGAGAGUUUAUGGUCCUUGAUACAGGAAGCAUCCAGAGCAUCUCCGGGGUCAUAACGCAAGGAAGACACGAUGAAGAUCAGUGGGUCACGUCCUUCAAGGUUCUUGUGAGUGCUGAUGGCAUUCAGUGGGACGAUGUGCAUUGUGGCAGAAUCUUCAAAGGCAACAGUGACAGAGACACCAAGGUGAAAACAGUUUUCGACUACCCUGCUCGAGGGCGAUACGUCAUGAUCGAGCCGCAAACUUUCGACAAGCACAUGUCAAUGAGA